CGUUGCCCCGCCCCCUGGCAGCGCCUCGGCCCCUUUCGGCUCCGUUCGGCCCCGCUCCGUCCCGGUUCGGCUCCGCUCGGCCCCGCUCCGUCCCGGUUCGGUUCGGCUCGGCUCGGCCCGGCCCGGCCAUGGGCUGGCCCCUGCUGCUGGCCGCGGCCGCGUUGCUGGUCCCCGCCGCCGCCUGGGAGCCCUCGGCCGAAGACGAGCAGCUGUUCAAGGCCUGGAUGCUGCAGAACCAGCGGCGGUACCGCCCGCACGAGUACCCGCGGCGGCUGCGCAUCUUCCUGGGCAACAAGCGGCGCAUCGAGGAGCACAACGCGGGCAACCACAGCUUCCAGAUGGGCCUGAACCAGUUCUCAGACCUGACCUUUGCCGAGUUUAAGAAGCUGUACCUGUGGAGCGAGCCCCAGAACUGCUCAGCCACCAAGGGGAGCUUCCUGCGCAGCUCCGGGCCCUGCCCCGACUCCAUCGACUGGAGGAAGAAGGGGAACUUUGUAACACCCGUGAAAAACCAGGGUGCCUGUGGGAGCUGCUGGACCUUUUCCACCACGGGCUGUUUGGAGUCUGCCAUUGCCAUUGCCACAGGAAAGCUGCUCUCUCUGGCAGAGCAGCAGCUGGUUGAUUGUGCCCAGGCCUUCAACAACCAUGGCUGCAGUGGGGGCCUGCCCAGCCAAGCCUUCGAGUACAUCCUGUACAACAAGGGGCUGAUGGGGGAGGACAGCUACCCCUACAGGGCCAAGAACGGCACCUGCAAGUUCCAGCCAGAGAAAGCCAUUGCCUUUGUCAAGGAUGUUAUCAAUAUCACACAGUACGAUGAGGACGGCAUGGUGGAAGCUGUGGGGAAGCACAACCCAGUGAGCUUUGCCUUUGAGGUGACCAGUGACUUCAUGCACUACAGGAAAGGAGUGUAUUCCAACCCCCGCUGUCAGCACACCCCUGACAAGGUGAACCACGCCGUGCUGGCCGUGGGCUACGGGCAGCAGGGCGGGACCCCGCACUGGAUCGUCAAGAACUCCUGGGGCCGCCUGUGGGGCAUGCAGGGGUAUUUCCUCAUUGAACGGGGCAAGAACAUGUGUGGUCUGGCUGCCUGUGCCUCCUACCCCGUGCCUCGGGUGUAGGGACAGGGGAGGGACAGGCUGGGGACAGGGAUGGGGACAGGGAUGGGGAAAGGGGAGAGGACAGGGAUGGGGACAGGAUUGGGGACAGAGAUGGGGACAGGAUUUGGGACAGGAUGGGGACAGAGAUGGGGACAGGGCUGGGGACAGAGCUGGGACAGGGAUGGGGACAGAGAUGGGGACAGGGCUGGGGACAGAGCUGGGACAGGAAUGGGGACAGGGGUGGGACAGGGCAGGGGACAGGGCCCAGGUGUAUCCAGCUGUGCCCAGCUGUGCCUCCACCCCCUGUCCCCAGCAGGGAAACCACACUGGUACCGACCCCAGGCACCCAGAGCUCCCCCUGCCCCUCAGGUGGCUUUUUUUGCAAUCCCCAGCUGUAAAUUUUAGUGAUUUUUAAAUUUUCCCUGAAGGCAAUUUCCAUAUUCUUUAAAGGAAGGAUGAGUGAAUGCUGUGAUUUGUACACUUUUAUCAGUUUUCCUGAAAUUCCUGCUGUUUUUUUCUAUUAAAAAUCAGGAUAUUUUAAUGCA